AUGACAGAAGUGUUUCAAUUUGGCAUUGUACCCAUCACCUGUCAUGCAUGGAACAAGGACCGAACUCAAGUGGCACUGAGCCUCAACAACAAUGAGGUGAAUAUAUAUGGUCAGUGUGGAUCGGAGUGGAAGCUGCAGGAAACACUUCAGGGCCAUGACCUACGUGUCACAGGGAUUGACUGGGCUCCCAACACUAACCGAAUUGUGACUUGUGGAGCGGAUCGAAAUGCUUAUGUGUGGACUUGUGGAGCAGAUGGAAAAUGGAGUCCCACUCUUGUACUUCUACGUAUCAACCGUGCUGCCACGUGUGUUAAGUGGUCUCCUAAUGAAAACAAGUUUGCUGUAGGAUCAGGAGCACGACUGAUAUCGGUGUGUUACUUUGAGCAGGAAAAUAACUGGUGGGUAUCAAAGCACAUCAAGAAGCCCAUCAGGUCCACUAUCACCACCUUGGACUGGCAUCCCAAUAACAUUCUUCUGGCUGCAGGAGCUGCUGAUUUUAAGGUGCGCAUAUUUUCUGCAUGGAUUAAAGACAUUGAGCCCAAGCCAACUCCAACUCCCUGGGGUGCAAAAAUGCCUCUAGGCCAGUUAAUGACGGAAUUUUCUAACUCUACUGGAGGAGGUGGAUGGGUGCACAGCGUCAGUUUUUCUGGUGAUGGUAACCGUGUGUGUUGGGUCGGCCAUGAUUCAAGCCUCACUGUGGCUGAUGCUGGCAAGGAAAUGGCUAAAACCCAGCUGAAAACUGAGUACUUACCCUUUACUUCUGUCACCUGGGUCUCACUUAACUCACUGGUUGCAGUGGGGCAUGGGUGUUGUCCUAUGUUGUACUCAGUUGAUGACACUGGCAAGUUGACCUUUGUCACCAAGUUAGAUGUGGCCCAGAAAAAGGAGACUGGCAGUCUAAGUCAUUGGAGCAAUCUGUGUCUGAUCUGCGUUUGAGCUAGACAAAUGCUUCGUGUGCCAUACUUGCAUAUUCUGCACGAGUUUCUUUGUUGGUUGAAAUAUUUGCAAGCUUCAAAACAAUACAAGUGAUGCACAAAGAAUGUUUGGUUGUAAAUGCUGGAACACUUAAUUCAUCUUUACCUCUUGAGAUUUUUCAGUAUGUAUCAGUACAGUAUAUUGUUCCAGUUUUACAGUUCAUCGUUGACAAUUUUUUGUAUACAGGACUUUGUUGUAUUAUUUUAAUAUUUUAUAUUUUGUUUCCUACUUGAUUAAUAUGGAAAGUUAUAUUUUGAAUGAUUCCUAGUGAUUGAAUAAUAAUAACUGGAUUUUACUUCCAAUGCCUGAAACUUGAUAAGAUGCAUUCCAAAAAAAAAAAAAAAAAAAAAAAAAAAAAAAAAAAAAAAAAAAAAAAAAAAAAAGAGGAAA